AUCGCUGCCUCUGUUGCUGAACCUACAGGUUGAGACCUGUAAAUUACUCUGGCUCGUAUCAUACAUUGCUGCGGGCUACCUUUGAGCGAGUUUUUCCCCACGCAAUUUCAUUGAAGCGAUUUUUUUAGAAGUUACAUCAAUCAGCAUAGUACUCAUAAGUAGCUCACUUGGGCCAAAGGGCCCACCGUAGGCGUAGAAUGCCAGCAGAGUCAACGAAUGCUCAAGCGGAAUAAUGCCACAGAGCGGGAAUGGGUCCCAGCAGGGACCCAAGGCCUCUGGAGUGGACAGCUCGAAGGGCGCGCGGUCUUCCGGCAGCGGGCAUGUGGGACCGGUGGGCCCAGGUCUCGGCGUCUCUGGCCCCAGACCUGCGGGGCUGACGCCUGACAGCGUUUCCAGCUCGGCGUGGUCGAGCGCGCUGCCUAAGAACGCUGCGAUGAACACGCCGGGGCAGGGGGCCAGGGCCUCGGGCUCCGGCGCCCGCACUGCUGGCACACCCUCCAGCUCCUCAAGCGGCGGACCUCCCCUCAAGUCCAGCCUCAAGGCCGGCUUGCCACGCACUGUGCGUGCCACCGGUCGGCCGGUGGAGCUGGAACCAGUGGGAGUCAGCGGCGGCACCGGGUCUGGGUCUGGAUCGGGCGUUGGCCACGCACCUGUGUUGGGCACGCCUGGCGCCGCUGCGGAUGGCCGGCAUGCCAGCCCUGACCCCAUGCGGCCGCUCGCGCCGCGCCCCGGCAGCGGCAGUGCGCCAGCGCUGCCUGCAUUACCGCGGACGCCCUCCUCAGUCGCUGCCGCAGCUUCUGCAGCGGAAGGCGCGUUUAUGGCUGUCACUGUAAGCGCGGAAGGGUUGGGCCCCAUAUCGCACCUGCCGCCCGCAUCGCCGGCGGGCUCGGCCCUUACGCUACCUAGCGCCAGCUCCCACAACCCCGCCAGCCCGCCCAGCCAGCGCUUUCGCGCCUCCCUACAGCCACUGCGCGACCCGCCUCAGCCGCCUGCGGACUCGCACCCGCACUCGCCCGGCUCCGACUACCCAGCCCGCAGCCCCGGCAGCGCCAGCCAGCUCCUGCCCGGCUCGCCCAACCGCCGCAUGCAGUCGGGGCUGGGCGGCUCCAUGCCGCCCAUGCCCGGCAGCCGCGGCGGCUCCCGCGGAGGCGCAUCACCUCUGCGCGCCAGCCUUGCCAGUGGCGGCGGCCUGGGCCUGAGUCCCGCCGGCCGCAACAGCGCCACCAGCCCCAACCGCAUGCCGCGCGGCAACCUCAGCCCGGGUGCCGCCGGCGGCCCGCCGGUCAGUCCUGGCAACGGCAGGGCGGGCAGCAGCGCCGGCGCGCGCAGUCCUGGCGGCCGCCAGCGGCCCGGCAGCAAGCAGCAGGCCGGCGGCGCGGGCGCGGGGUCGGGCGCCAAGGCACCGGUGCCCAGCAGCAGCCGGCGGCACAUGCCGGACCCCAUGGGCCUGCUGGAGGUGCUGACGUCGGCGCCGGGCGUGAUCGGCGAGGUGCACCUCAGCCCGGAGCUGUGGUGCAUGGACGUGUGGAGGGUGCUGGAAGGCGGCUGCCCGCAGCAGCGCGCCUGGACCUUCGGCAGCGCGGCGGUCACGAACGCAGCGGCAGCGCUGGCGGCGAUGACGGCGGAAGAUGGCGAGGGCGGGGCGGCGGCGCGGUCGGCGGGGGCGUCCGGGGAGACCUACACCAGCCCGCAGCCGCUGGCGGUGUUGAGCGGUGUGGUGUUUAGGCAUGUGGCCGCAGGCUCGCACCACGCUGCGGGGGUGUCUUCCGACGGGCGGCUGUAUGUGUGGGGCUCGGACUCGCGCGGGCAGCUGGGCCGCGGCUGGGCGGCGGCACAGCACGUGGCGUGUCACCCGCUGCCGCACGAGGUGGCACUGCCCAUGGAGGCCUCGCUGGAGGACCUGGAGGGUCGCCUGCCGACCAGCCUGCUUCAGGGCAUUGCCGCCUCCACCGAGCCCAAGCCCAGCGCCGAGGCGAUGCUGGCGGAGGCGACAGCGGCCGAGGAGACGCCGGGCACGUACGUGCCGCCGGGGCCGCUGGCGCUGUUCCCCAUGCCGCAGGUGCACGCGGCGGGGCUGGCGCCGGCGGACGCCAACAGCAUAAGCAUGAUGGAGGCGGCGGCGAUGGCGGGCGCGUCCGGAGACAUGAAGGCUACGGCGCUGGUGGCGGCGGCGGGCGGCUCCCGGGUGGCAGGUCUGCCGGGCGCAGCCAUUGCAGCAGUGUCGGUGGCGGCAGCCGCAAACUCGAGCAGCACGGACGUGAGCACCAGCGGCGUAAUGAAUAGCACGAGCGGCGUCGCCGCAGCGCCGCCGCCGGCUGCAACGACGGGCAUGGGCGCGACGUCAGCAGCGGCUAAUGAGGCGGCGGCCGCUGCGGCGGUGACCGCAGCGAAGAAGCGGACGGUGGUGACGGACAACCUGCACGUGUACCGCCUCACGAUGGGGCUGCCGGUGCGGACGGUGGCGUGUGGCGCGCUGCACACGCUGGUGGCGCUGGAGGGCGGCGGCGUGCUGGGCUGGGGCGACAACGCGUCGGGCCAGGCGACGGGCCGGGCGGGCAUCCCGUCUGUGCGUAUGGGAGCGCCGACACGCAUCGUGGACUUUGAGGGUGUUGACGUGGUGUGCCUCUCUGCAGGCCUCACUCACAGCGCCGCCGUGACCGCCAAGGGCGUGUUGUACACCUGGGGCAGCAACCGCCAUGGCCGGCUAGGGCUGGGCCCUGGCGCGGGCGCCAUCCGCGACGCCUCGCCGCGCCGCCCACCGCCCGGCGACAAGCGGCCCUCGGGCCCUGACGGCGGCCUCUCGCCCGCCGACCGCCCCUCCUCCCCUGUCCACAACAUCUACAACACGAAGCUCAUGUCGCCCGCGCGCUCACCCAAGCUCAUGACGGGGCCCGCCGCGUCGCCCUUUCUUCAGGACCCGCUGCCCAACACGGCAGCCAUGCUGGCGCACGCGGGCAUGAACCCGGACGGGCUGCAUGACGACGCCAAGCGCGGCAUGACACACCCGCCCACGCCCGUUACCUUCAGCCUGCCGCCGGAGCGCAAGGGCGCGCCGCCCGGGCCGCCGUUGGAGCUGCGUGUGGUGUCGGUGGCGUGCGGCCUGCGUCACACGCUGGCGCUGACGGACGCCGGCGAUGUGUGGGCCUGGGGCAGCAACGCGACGCAGGCGCUGGGCCUGCCGGACUUUGACGACCGCUGCAGCCCGGUGCCGGUGCCCAGCCUGCCGCCCGUGACCGCCAUCGCGGCCGCCUCCGUGUCUGCCGCCAUCUGCGGCGAGGGCCGGCUGUACCUGUGGGGCUCCGACCCCUACCUCAACCCCUGGGUGCAGCGCAACCGGGCGGGCGGCCCCGGCUCCAACGUCAUGACGCCGCGCAGUGCCGUCAUGCCCGUCAUACACAGGGUGCGGUGGCUGGGCCCGCACCGCUUCCGCUCGGUGUCACUGGGCUCGAGGCACGCUGUGGCCGUGACCACCCACCAGCGGCUGUAUUGGUGGGGCGAUGAGGACGUGCUGCCGGGAGCCAUGCAGUACGGCGCAGCCAAGCUGGUCAACCGCUGCCCCGCGCCCGAGGACUAUCUGGCACUCCCCCUGCGCGAGGAGGACAGCGACCACAGCGUGCCGCCGCCCCCGCCGCCGCCCGAGGCCAUGGGCGACAACAGCAGCCUCAACGGCACCGGCGGCGCGUCGCUCAACCGCCUGACCGCCUUCCGGCUGUUCAGCUCCCGCGACGCGCCGCGGCCCUCCGACGAGCUUGGCGGCAUGCCGCCUGGCGGCUACGUGGCCAGCGGCAACGCCAGCCCCUCGCGCUCGCGCGCGGCGUCCACGUGGGGCAUUACCACGGGCCACGGGCCUGGCGGCGCGCUCAGCCCGCACGUGCUGGCGGCGGCGUUUGGCGGCGGCGUGGAUGGGGCCGGCGGCGGCGAUCUCCCCGACCCACUGACCGUGCGGCUGAGCGUGUUCAACGGCCGCGUGUAUGUGUCGAUAAGGCAGAAGCCCCAGCGGCUGAGUAGCCUGACGCGCACUGGCAGCCCGCUGCGGCGGCUGGGUCUGCGCAGCCAGGCGGGCGGGGGGCUGUCUUUGGCCGGAAUGGGUGGCGCCGGCCUGUACAGCGCCGGCGGCAGCAACCCCCAGAUUUCCAAUGAGGCAAGCCUGGCCGCUGGCCUGGCGCCGCUGGGGUCGGGACCACCAAGCCCAACAGCGCGAGGAACCGCAGACGGCAUGGGCAACGGCGGAGCUGCGCACGGCACGGGCAGCGGUCACGUGCCGAUGUCGUCCGGAGGGUUUGCGGGUGGCGGCGGCGCUGCCGCCGCGGGUGCUGCGCUGUCUGGUGGCAACGCGGGUGCGCUGUUCGGCGGCGCGGAGCCGGUGAUGAUGGUGGCGUGUGGCGAGGGCCAGACCGUGUGCCUGUGCGGCCAGACCAGGUACAACGUGACACUGGAUGAGACGCGGCACGCGCUGAUGCUGGUGCUGCGGCAGUACGCCCGCCACUGGCACGCCACGCGGCGGCUGGCGGCCCAGCGGCUGGCGGCGGUGGGCGGCUCACCCAAGCGCGUGCGGGCGCGGACGGCGGACAGGCGCCCGUCAAGCGCCCGGUCGCUGCGCUCCUUCUUCACGUCGGCGCGCGGCGGCGGCGCCGGGGCAGCGGCGGGCUGGUUCGAGGGCAGCGCCUUUCCCAGCGUGGAGCUGGAGGAGCGGCCCGCGGACCCGCGCGACGAGCUGGCCUCGCUGGACAUGCUGCUGGUGUUCUGCAGGCAAGCCGGCCUCAUCGACAACAUCAGCGAGUACAACGACGUCAUUGAGCUGUACCGCAUCCAGGUCACAAACAAGCAGGCGCGCAUACCGCCCAGCCAGCAGCAGCAGGCGGAGAUGGGGGGCCCCGGCAACAACAACCCCACCGGCCCCAUCAACAUGCUGCCGGUGCGCCUGCACGCCCCCGCACCCGACCCCACCGUCAGCCAGCGCAGCCUGUCCGUGCAGCCCAGCGACGGCGCCCGCCCCGGCGGCCGCGUGGGUUUCGGCGGCUUCCAGCGCUCCGGCGGCACCGAACCCGGCGCCACCGCCUCGCCGCUCAACUCCCGCGGCGGUGUCGCGCGCUUAUCCUCCAGCAUGGGACACGGCGGCCCCCAGCCCAGCACGCCCGGCGGCGCCGGCGCCGGCGGCUGGGGCGGCGCCGGCGGUGGGCUGCCGGGAGCCGCCGGCGGUGGCUUCUACGGCGAAGCCUCGCUCGCGCUUAUUCCCGAGGACAGCUCCGUGGUGGGCGGUGGGGGCGCGGGCUCAGCGCUGGCGGGCAACCCGUCGUCGCUGUCGCUUGAAGAGGCGGGGGCGGGCGAGGGCGAGGGUGAGGGGCCGGUGCCCGGCACGCCGCCCAGCCUGCGCAUUGUGGACAUGCGGCAGUUCAUGCCGCACGCCGACAUGGACGAGACCUCAGGCCCCGACGAGCGGCUUCGCGACAGCGAGGUGCUGGACCUGCUGCUGGGCCUGAUGCAGAACCGGCAGUUGGCCAGCCAGUCGCUGACGCAGCAGCACCUGCCGCUGCCGGCGCUCAUGCGCCAACUGGCGGCGCGCUUCUUCCGCCGCCUGCGCGGCAGCGCCUGCACCGCGCCCUUGCCGUGGGUGCUGGGACAGGUCAUCCGCACGGAGAUGCUCCGCGCCCUGGACGGCGGCCCCAACAGCCUCACGCUGCACCAGGCCUACAUCUUCCUCACCUCGGAGCACUCGGCGCCGCAGGACCUGCACCUGUCCAUGCAGGACAUGCGGCUGGGCCUGGCCCAGGUGGAGCAGCCGUUCACGGUGCCGCUGAUGCGCCUGGCGCAGUUCAUCCGGCAGAGCGGCCUGCUGCCCAAGCUGCUGUCGCGGCUCAUCAGCCACAUGCACAAGGCGGCUGAGUACUACCUGGACCGGCUGACGGUGGCGGAGCAGGUGCCCUGGUGGUGGCCGCCCGAGGUGCUGCGCGAGCGCCGCAGCGCCGUGUCCGGCAUCGGGCUCGGCGCCGUCAACAACUGGUCGCGCACCGACAUGCCGUCCAUGUGGGUGGUGCCGCCAGCCAACAACCUGCUGGGCAUCGAGACGCUGGCGGGUGUGGUGUACGACUUCGACAUCCUGGGCGUAUACAUCGGCACCACCCGCAAGGCGCUGCGCAACCAGCUGUCCAGCGAGGAGCAGCUGGCUCUGGAGCAGGCCAAGCGCGACCGCCUGCUGGCCUACGUGCUGGUGCACCUGUUUGGACAGUACCUGGUGCCGGUGUCUGAGCCGUGGGACAUGCGGCCGGACCGCGUGCUCAACCACCCGGUGUCCUACCCCCAGUUCAUCGAGAUCCUGUCCGCCUGCCUGUCCGUCAAGGCCGCCAGCCAGAGCCCCACCGGCGCGCUGGUGCCCUCCAUCCAGCUGCUGCCCACGCUGGGCGACACGCUGCAGCACCUGCCGGCGCUGCUGGAAGCCAUCGGGCUGUGGCGCGAGAAGAUCCUGUACCCCUGGAAGUUCAACCGCGUCAAACACAACGACGUGGAGCUGCAGCGCCAGGUGGACCGCGCCUUCAGCCUGUACUGCACCAUCGACCCGCUGGCCCAGACGCUGGGCAUCAACAUCUACCAGUUCACACAGCUCAUCCGCGACACGGACAUGGCAGACAAGACGCUGACGAUGGAGCGCAUACAGGAGGUGUUUGCGGCGGUGGCGCUGGUGCGGGUGCGCAACGUGCCGGCGCUCAGGCACGGCAAGGACCGGCCCGCCAGCCGGCAGAACGACAACAUGGAAUGGACGGGGCUGACGGCGGCGCAGAUCAUCCGCCUGUCCACAAGCCAGUUCGCGUACACAGUCGCCCAGCACAAGCUGGAGGAGCACCUCAUGCUGCGCGAGCAGGCCGUGAGCGGCAGCGCCUCGGGCGCCCGGCAGCGCUCGCCGCAGCACCCGCCAGGCAGCUCCAGCGGCCGCGCCGCGGCGGCCGCUGCCGAGGCCGCCGGCGCCGCUCCGCCCGCAGGCGGCGGGCUGUCACUGGCCAUGGCGCUCAAGGCGGCGGCGCAGCGGAGUGCGCACGAGGUGGAGGCCGCCGAGGCCGGCGUCGUGGGGCCGGGCCCACAGCGGCCGGCGUGGGUGUCGCAACAGCAGCAGGCGCCGGCAGCCUCCGCGGUCAAGCGCCCCAGUGGGCUGCAGGUGCACGACCUGGCCGGCGCAAACAGCCCCGGGGCCGGCAGCCCCGCCACCCGCUCACGCAGCAUCACUGCGGCGGCAGGUGGCGGCGGCGGCCACACGUCCCCGGGCGCCAGCGGCGCAGCCAUGUCCAGUGCUAGCGCGGCGGCUGCAGCGGCGGCGGUGUUCAUUUCUAAGCUGAAGCGGCCGGGGCGGAACGGCGGCGGCGGCCGGACACGUGACCUGGCGGGGAUACUGCGCGGCCGGACGCAGGGCAACCAGGUGUCGUUUGACGCGGGCCUGGACGCCAGCGGCCUGCCUGCCGGGCUGACGGCGCUGGUGAUGGGCAUGCGCGACAUGGCGGCGCACUCCUCACACGCCCAGGCGCUGGCUGGGCUGGACGUGCCGGGCGGUGGCGCAGCCGCCCACGCACCCCCCUCCGCGCCCGAGCACCCGCCGGCGGGCUACACAGCCACAGACGAGGAAGACGACCUGGGCCUGUCCUGGCCCUCCUUCACCACCGAGCAGUUCGCGGACAGCGAGCCCGGCACCCCUGUCAGCAGGUCGCUCACCACCGUCUCGCCGGGCAGCAGCCCCGGCGCGGGUGGCGCCGGCUUCGGCGCCUUCGGCUUCCACCCCGACGACGCCGGCGGCCACAGCCGCAACACCAGCCCGCUGCGGCCGUCGGGCUUCAGCCCCAGCCGACAGGCGCGCCCGCCGCUCAUGCCGCCCACCACGGGGGCGACCGACGGGCGCAUCUCGCCCGUGAUGGCUGUGCUGCUGGACUCGCUGGGCUCGCCGGGCCCCGCGGCGCAGCAGGGGCCGGGGCAGGGCGCUGGCGCGGUGCGCGGGGAGCCCAGCAUGAAGGCGCUGGAGGUGGUCACCUCGCCGCAGCUGCCACAGGCCCCGGAAGACCCGUUCGAGGCGCUCAGCAAGGCAGAGGGCCCGGACGGGCCGCUGCCGCCUCCGCCUCCGCCGCCCAUGACGGACGAGUCCGAUGGUGGCAGCCCCGAGCGGCGGCGCGGCGGCGCCGCCGGAGGCACGGGCGGCGGCGGCGGCGGCGGUGGUGGUGGCGGCGGCGGCCACGUGCAGGUUGUGGAGCCUGAUGAGGCGUCGCAGCACCAUGCGGCGGGCGGCGGUGUGGCGGGCGCGCGCGGGCGCAGCGCGCGCAACGUGCGCAGCGCCCGCAACGCGGGCCCCGGCGGCGGCGGGCCGCGCGCCACGUCGGCGGUCAGCAGGAAGAACUUUGGGUUUGGAUCGGGCGUGGCGCGCAGGACCAUGUUGGCUGCGGGUGUCACUGCGGAGGAGGACAAGGCGGCAUCGGCCAAAGGGCCGGGCAAGGACGGCGACGCAAAGGGUGUUGAGGCCAAGCCUGGCGAUGAGGGCGCGGCUGGCAAGGACCAGCAGCCAGCACAACAGGCAGCCGCGGGCGCCGACGGCGCCGCGGCGGGCCGGCACAAAUCGCCUGGGCGCUCGAACCUGUCGCGCGUGUCGCGUGUGUCUGCAAACGAUGAGCAGCGUGGGCGCGCGCCCAGCCCCUCACCCGGCCAAGAGCCCGACAUUGCUGGCGAGCCCGGCGCCGACACGCUUGCGGCUGGGACAGGGGCUGGAGGCAGCGCCGGUCCGUCCAGCCCUACCCGCGCGCCGCGCACGCCAGACCGAGACCGCUGGGUGGGCUCGCCGGAUCGCGCCGGCCGAUCGUCUCGCCCGAACAGCGUCCUGGUGAUAGACCCGGCCAUGGGGCCGGCGGGCGCGGCGGCGGCGGCGGCGGCGGCGGGUCGGCCUCUGUCACGCGACGUGAUGAUGAGGCUGGCGGGCGGCGACGGCGAGCGGCCGAGCUCACGCGGCUCGCUGGUGGAGGUGCUGGGCGAGAGCCUGGGUUCGCCGCCCCGCUCGCCGCAUCACCGGGCGGAGUCCAGCGGCAGUGACGACGAUGGCGGCGUCAUCGGCGGCGUCAGCCGACUGGUCAUGACCAAACAAGACCUAGCCACAACGGGCGGCGGCAAGGGCUCCAAGAGGCUGUCGGCACAGCCCGGCACCCUACUGACGCGCGAGCAGUUCAGCGAGGUGAUCCAGCGGCUGGCGGUGGUCAAGUACAGCAAGAUCAGCAGCCCCAUGGCGGCCUGGCGACUGCUGAUCGAGCGGCACGUGCUGCCGGUGGUGGAGACGCGCAGCACCAAGUUCGACAAGUACCUGGAGGAGAUGAUGGGCCCCUCCAUCAUGUCGCUGGUGCUGGCCUGGGAGCCGCAGCUCAAGGCGCUGUUCAAGAUCUACGGCAAGGAGGAGUCCAAGCAGACCACCGGCAAGCCGCCGGGCGCGCACCACGCCAGCCGCCCCGGCACCGCCGCCGCCGCCUCCCGCCCCGGCAGUCGCGCUGCCAGCCGCCCCGCCACCGCCGCGGCGCCCAGCCGGCCCGCCACGGCGCGAGCCAACAGCACCCCGCGGCCCGGCACCUCGCCCUCACGACCCACCACAGCUCGCCACGGCCGCUCACCCGCCGGCCGCAGCAGCGCCCCCGGCACGCCCCCGCCCGGCGCCGCGGCCCGCGGCAACCCCGACCGCAUCACCAUGUCGUUUGUGCAGUUCCUGCAGCUGUGCCAGGACCGCAAGGUGAUUCCGGCUCUGAUCCAGCCCGCGGGCCUGGAGGAGAUCUUCCGCCGCGUCAACUUCAUGGACGGCGUGGAGUCGUACAUACAGAACAUGGCAUACCCCCAGUUCGUGGACGCGGUGUGUUUGACGGGCAUGACCAUCUACCACCACCCGCGCUACAAGGAGCAGGGCAUGAGUGUGGAGGACAUGCUGGAGACCUUCUUCAGCCAGCUGUGCUCGCUCAAGAGGGCCAGGACGCGGCAGAACCAGUCCCGCAGCGCCAUCGAGAGCACCGCGGCCGCCGCUGCGGCCGCCGUGCGCGGUGCCAACGCGGGAAAGAACCCCUACGCCGAGUGGUGGGGGCUGCGCUUCGAGAAGCAGACGACGGGCGCGGGCGGACACACGCCCGCCUGGUCCUACCUGUCCUCAGUGGACUACGCGCCUGUGCUGCUGCAGGAGCUGGUGAUGCCCCCGCCGCCAGUGCCGGAGGUUGUCGGCAUGCUGCUGGCCCGCGCCGCCGACCUGCACAACCGAGGCGACUGCGCCGCCGCCCUGGAGGCGUUCGACCGCGCCGCGGCGGCGUGGCGGGCGGCGGUGUCGGGCGAGGGCAUCCUGCCGCUUGGGGCCAGCCUUGCGCUGUCGCCGGAGCAGGAGAUCUACCUGUGCCUGGCCCGCGCCAGUGUGCUCAUGAGCUGCGGCCGCGACGGCCCCGCCUCCUCGCUGUACGACGCCGCUGAGGAGCAGCUGUCGCGGCUGCCUGAGGGCCACAUGGCGGAGCCGCUGGUGCACGGCUGCCGCGGCCACCUGCUGUACCACUGCGGCCAGCUGCAGGCGGCCUUCGAGCACCUGGUGCAGGCCAAGGUGCUCCGCGAGCAGCACCCGGACCUGGGCUCGCACCACGUGGACACCGCGCUGUCGCACCACAACCUUGGCUGCUGCCUGGACAGGCUGGGCAAGACGCACAUGGCGCUGCGGCUGCUGGGCGGAGCCGCCGACACGUUCCGCGUGGUGCUGGGGCCCACGCACCCGCGCACCACCACGGCGGCACGCAACCUGCAGCACAUGCAGCACCGCCUCAUGAAGCUGGACCUCAAGUAUAGGUCCGUGGCGCAGGAGCAGGCCGAGGCGGAGCAGCAAUCCGUCAUCGAGGCGCUGCACCGCGCCGCCGGCCGCGGGCUGCGCGGCCGCCGCCCGGGCGUGGACCCGGUGGCGGGCGGCGGCGCCCCCGGCGGCCUCAACGCGCCGGGCAUGCCGCUGGCGCUCCGCCGCGAGCAGGCCAACGCGGCCCUGGCCGCCGCCGCGGCCGCGGCCGCCGUGCUGGCGCCGCGCCGCCUGGAGCCCCUCAAGAUGUCGGCCAAGGACCGGCUGGCGGCCUUCCAGCUGCGAGUGCACGGCGGCGGCCCCGCCUCCGCCGGCGGCGGCCUCGGCCCGCGCGGCGACGACGAGUCGCCGCCGGGCUCGCCGGCCUCUGGCGGCAGCCACCGGCAGGCGCAGGGCGCGCCCGCCUACAGCCGCGGCCGCAACGGCGUCAAGUACUACCGCUCCAAGCACGAUCCGGACUACCUGGGUGGUGGGCUGCACCGGCCGCACCCGGAGGUGGUGGCCACGUACGAGGCCGUGCGCGCAGACAUCGCCGCACACGCCGUAGGCCUGGUGCACGCGCGCGUGCCGGAGGGCACCGUGGUGAUCCAGCGCGGCGCGGGGGCGGGGUCGGGCGCGGCGGGCGCACACUUCCACGGGGGCGCGGGCGGGCACCGCGGCGGGCAGCAGGGGGCGCAUCAUGGCGGGCAUCAUGGCGGCGGCGGGGAGGAGGUGCCGGGCCCGGUGCGCGCGUUCCGCGGCGGCGUGAUGGACAAGACGCUGCAGGCCCGCAAGUACAAGGUGGAGCGGCGCUUCGGCAUGCCGCCGCCGCCGUCCGAGCUGGCGCAGCAGCAACACCACCAGGGCGCCAAGCGCGGGCUGCAGGCCCGGCGCGCCAACGUGCUCGCGGCCGCCAUGCUGGAGGAGCUCAACGCGCGGCUGACGGGCGCCGAGGUGGAGCGCGAGGCGCCCGUGACCGACCGCCUGGCAGACGUGCUCACAGGCACAACCGCCACCGCCGGGGCGGCGGGACUGCCGAUGAGGGGUGGCAAGGCGGGAGGAGGGUGGGAGGACGAGGAUGAGAGUGACGCGGCGUCCCUGCGUUCGUUGAGGAUGUAGCGGUGCAGGGCAGCACAGCGCUCGGUAGGCCCCUGACACGUUGGUGCCGGCCUAGCGGGGGCAUGAAUAAGGCAGGAGUUUCACGAUGGAACUGUGGAAGGGGGGUGUAAAGUUUGUCAACGUUGAUGAUGGCAGGACGGAGUGGCAGGCUUCGGGCUCGAGUGUUAAGGCGCCAUGCAAAGGAUGAGUUGCAGGCGCAGCUGCGCACCAGCGCCCAGCGGGGACGCGGUUGCGGGUCGGAUCGUAUGCCCAGGUAUGCCAGGGAGGGACCCUCAUAGGAACCCUCAUAGGAACCUACGUGUACUGUGCGGUAGGUGCGGUAUACCCAUCCGCGUCGCCGCAUGCUUGGACGUCGCAAUGUGUGUGUUGAGGUCGCGGAAUGCGCUUCAGACUGUUGAGCGACGUCAACCUGCCGCUUGCCCCUUUCCCACCGCAAGCAUCCGCUCAACGGCACAGGUAGUGUCAUGGGCAGCCGGCUGCUGCCGGCUGCUGCUGCGUCCGAAUGUCAUACUCGUGUGACCUGCAUGGCAAAGCCUUUAAGGGGCCGAGU